GCACAUGCAGUUCUUCUCCCCGGAUAAAUGUUCCUAAUCAUCAAUGGCUUGCAUAUAUAAUACCUGUGUGUGUGUGUGUGUGUGUGUGCAAAGGCCUUGUAUGAGCUUGUGGGAUCUCGGGGGAAAUGCCCACAAAGGCUCUCAUUUUAGGCAGUAAGCUAAUUAAAGUGGUGGAGCAGAUGGUGCAGGCUUGGUCCGGACAUAAUGAGACGGUGAGUGGCGAGACGAACCGGACAUGGCAGGACAGCUGUGAGGGGUUUGCGAGAUGACCAGAAUUCAGGCAUCUCCCAGGAGUGAGACUCCAGUCAAGAGAGUGGAAUUACAACUGUAUGAAAACUUCUGAGCAGCUUUUUAAGAAGCAACUGGAUCAGGCGGUGUUGACUUCCUCCAAAUGUGUGUUUGCAGAACAACUGGAAGUGAAUAAUACCAUGCCAACAGGGUGUUUUUAUCUUUUUUUCUCCCAUCCUCAAUCAUUCGAUCUUGGCAGGUGUUUUUUGGUAAACACCAAAUCCUGAACACCUGUUGCCAGAGGCUUUUCCUGUCUGCCAGCUCUGACUAACCCUGCUGUCACCAACUGACACACUGUGCCACUGUCAGGCAAAAAAAAAAAAAAAAAGACAGCUACAAAUGUGAAAUAAACAACUGUGGCAUUACCAAAGUGGGUGUUUUUCCUGGAUGGAAGUUAAGUGGCACACAGAACAACACAAAAGCUCAAGAAAGCAGAAAUUCCUAGACGUGCAGAAAUACUUUGGAUAGCUCACCUCAAAGGAGAUGUUCCACACUCCUAUUGCGCCUCGUGUGAGGAAAAGGUCGAGACCAGCAGAAGCUGGCGUUCCCAGGCGUGAAGAGGUGAAGUUUGAGGAUGUCAGACUGUACCUGGUGGAGAGGAAAAUGGGCCGCAGCAGGAGAAGCUUUCUGACCCAGCUGGCCAGGUCAAAGGGCUUUAUUGUGGACGACGUCCUCAGCGAUGAGGUCACUCAUGUGGUGUCAGAGGACAGCCAGGCUUCAUCCCUGUGGAAGUGGCUAAAGGAGCGUGCCCCGAAGAAUCUACCCAACAUGCAUGUGUUGGACAUCAGCUGGUUCACUGACAGCAUGAGAGAGGGGAGACCUGUUGCUGUGGAGACCAGACACCGCAUUCAGGAAACCUUGCCCACAUUGGCACAAGGUUCUACACCUACUCCUGUGGCCACCAUUUCUCCAUACGCCUGCCAGAGACGGACAACCACAGAAAACAAUAACAAGAUUUUCACAGAUGCUUUUGAAGUGAUGGCAGAGAGUUAUGAAUUCAACGAGAUCGAGGGUCCAUGCCUGGCCUUCAGGAGAGCUGCAUCUGUUCUAAAGAGUCUGCCCUGGGCGGUGAAGUGCCUGGGGGCCACUCACGACCUGCCUUGCCUGGGGGAACACACUAAGGCAAUCAUAGAGGAGAUCCUUCAAUAUGGCCGUUCGUUUGAUGUCGAGCAAAUACUCUCUGAUGAAAGGUAUCAAACGCUAAAGCUGUUCACAAGUGUGUUUGGGGUUGGACCUAAGACGGCUGAGAAGUGGUACCGCAGAGGGCUGCGCUCAUUCAGCGACAUUCUGGCAGACCCCAGCAUUCAUCUAAACCGGAUGCAACAAAGUGGUUUUCUGCAUUAUGGAGACAUCUCUAGGGCUGUCAGUAAAGCAGAGGCCCGCGCCCUGAGGAACAUUAUUGACGAAGCUGUCCAUGUGAUCACACCGGACGCCAUACUAGCACUGACAGGUGGCUUUCGCAGGGAGAAGGAGUUUGGUCAUGACGUAGACUUUAUCGUGACCACACCUGAGCUGGGGAAGGAGGAGAGUCUGCUACCCGAAAUUAUUGAUAUACUGAAAAAGCAAGGCAUUCUGCUCUACUGUGAUUACCAGGCCUCCACCUUUGAUAUGUCGAAGCUUCCCUGCCACAAGUUUGAGGCCAUGGACCACUUUGCAAAGUGCUUCCUGAUCCUGCGGCUGGAGGGCAGCCAAGUGGAGGGAGGUCUCCACAAAGCAGAGGGGGACAGCAGGGGCUGGAGGGCAGUACGCGUGGACUUGGUGUCGCCACCUAUAGAUCGUUACGCCUUUGCUCUCCUGGGCUGGUCCGGCUCCACGCAGUUUGACAGAGAUCUGAGGAAGUUUGCUCGAGUGGAGCGACGGAUGCUUUUGGACAACCACGCCCUGUACGACAAAACCAAGAAAGAGUUCCUGGCAGCUACGACUGAAAAGGACAUCUUUGCCCAUCUGGGUCUCGAGUACAUCGAGCCUUGGCAGAGGAAUGCGUAGGCCUCUGCUAUUCACUGGCUGGAUGAUACCCUGUGCGCACAUUAGUGUUUAUCCCAUCUGCUUGCUGUUCUGCGGCUCUCCUGUGAUUCACUUUCAAACAGCUUUUGAUUUCCAUACAGUUUUGUGUCGUUGUUGCCGUUGUUGUUGUUGUUGUCUGGAUUACACGCUGGUGUAUGAUUCAUAAUUCUGCUUAUUGUCUGUUAGCGAGUAAACACUCUUCUAUACCAUUCAUGGCUAAGUGUUGUAAUCAUAGGCAGGACACAAAGACAAAUCAGUCAGAUGUGUGAAUCGCCUUGGGUGCCUGCGAGGUGCAGGAGUGAGGGAGUCUGAAAGAAACACAGAGAGAAGCAAAAGAGUGAAGGGGGUGACCACGGAGAGAAAGGGAGGGUGAGGGAGAAGACAGGAAACGAUGAGAAAAGCGAGGGGGAAGGGAGCUUUUGUCGAGCAAAAUGUUGUAAUCACCCUCCUCCUGGCAGGAAAGUGCUUGGCGUGAAGCUGAGCCAGGUCUCUGGGGAAUUGAGAGGCGGGUAAUGAGCUUCAGAUUGAGGAGUGUUUGGCGUCGCCAUUUAGCCUCCAUUUAAGCCUACGUCCACUGGAGAUCGUUUAGCUGGCAUGCCGCUAUCCAAAGACCCACAGUCUCCGCUCUUGUUCCACAAUGAAUCCUCUUCCCCAGAUGCUCGGCUGAAAUUAGAAGCAAUCAGCUGCACCGGGAAAUCGUGAAGAAUUCAGAUGGAAGGUAAAUGAGUCCACUAACCACAUGGAUGGAUAUUGGCAUUCAAAACAACUCUGGCUCCAGUGCAUAAAACAUCCAUUAUCUUAUUGGUUUGACUUUGGCUUAUGUUUUAUGUAUGAUGGUUGCUCAUCAAGAUUUGUGUCCUUAUUUUUCAAGCGUACGGUGGCUCUGUAGGACAAUGAUCCACUAAUGAAGAAACUUUAUUGAUCCCUGUGGGCAAUUUGGGUAAGUCUGACACGACCUGCCCGGCUGCCCACACCCUAACCCACUUUCCCAUGAUGCUCAGCCCCCGGUUUGUCCCAUGGUGCCUCAACGAGAGCAGAGAAAGAUGAGAGCAAGGCAUUCUAGUGAAUCACCCUAUUUAAAGAUCUUUAAGUAGAACAGUCCGGCACUUUGAGGACUCGACCCGGGCCUCCUCCCACCACCCUUUCUUCUUUCUCCCUCAUGGUCUCUGUCUUUCUUUCUCUCCCGCUGUGUCGCUCUCUCAACCUUGUUGACACAAAACAAACUUCUGAGUUGCAGUGUUACCCAGAUGGAGCAAGUGUGGCACCCUGCCCUCCUGGGUUAUCUAAUGUUUUCACUUUAAAGCGGGAUGAAUUCUUACCAAAAAAUAGGAGGUCUCUCAAGAGUAAAAAAAAAAAUUAAAUACAAAAAUCAAGUUGACCUCAAUAAAUUUACAUUUGUCCUGCUCUCUUUUUCCUAAUUGUUUUUCAAGUGCGAAUUGGAUCUCUUUCUACUUUCACAUUAAAUAUUCAUCAGUGUAAAGGGAUUAAAAGGCUGUAGCACUCAAUUUAAGAAUUCACACAUUGCUGUUUUGGUCUUAGAGAGUCUUAAACUGUUUGUACAGCUGAAAAACAAAGAAUUAAGUGUAGUAUGUUAACGCUAUCUGCUCCAAUUUCCUCCAUUUCAAUCCCCACGGAGCAAAUACAUUUGUGUGGUAUCACGUAUUAAGUGAGACCAUCUUUUCUCUUAGUUACUUUAGCUGACUAUACUGUAGGAGAUAACUGUGAAUGCCAACAAUACAACUGAUUACAGUGAUUAUAAGUCGGGACACAUUCCUACAAAUGUUAAUGUGUUGCUGAAUUGUCCCUACCAAUAUUAACAAUCUUGUCAUAUUAACUUCUCUUGGUAGCUGUGAGGUCUGUGCAGAGGUGCCAGGUUUGUGUCUUUUCUGCAAAAAGUGAACUAUUGUGAUGGAGAUUGAAAAAGCGACAUUUAGGGGACGCUUGACCUGAUGAUUUGGCAACCCUGGAAUAACCAAAAAGUACCGAUAGCACAAUGUAAAAAUACUCCAUUACAAGUAAAAGAUUUGCAUUCACAAUGUUACUGAAGUACAACUACAGAUGUGGUACUCAAUAUGUAAAAUCAACCCUGUGCAUAUUAUUAUACAUUAUAUUGUUGGAUUGUUCAUACUUAUGCAUUGUGGAGCUAAUUUCAACUACUUUACACUACUGUUGGGUAACUUAACCUAUAAAAGCUUGUCAAUUUUUUGUGUAUGU